UGUGACUUUUAGGACUUAGGGCUAUAUAUCUGUAUAAUUCUCCGGCAGCGCGGCGUCAGAAACUUUCAUAACAUCCGGCGGCGGCGUAAUCUGAGCUUCAGGCCUUCCGAAAAUCAAAGAUGUUGUUGACGAAAAGCAGCAGACAUAACGAUUCUUCUAUUCGAUUUUGUUUCAACAGUUGCUCGAAGCUUUCCGUAAUCCUUGUUAUCCAGGUAUUUGUUCUUGAUUUUGUCUUUCGUUUUCCGGUGAAACCACCGGCGAUCGAUCGGAAAGGAGAGGAAGAAGGAAGAAUUGCCAUUCCGCCGGAACGAAAAUCGGAGAAAUGUCCAAAUGGAAUGAUGUACGUUUACGAUCUUCCGGCGAUGUUCAACCAGGAAUUGCUGGACAGGUGCGGCGAUUUGGAUCCAUGGAACUCACGCUGCAACGCGAUUUCGAAUCGGGGAUUGGGGCCGCCGGCGACGGGGAUUUCCGGCGUGCCGGAGAAUCUCAUUCCGGCGUGGUAUUGGACGGACAUGUUCGCCGGCGAAGUUAUGUACCAUUCCAGGGCGUUGCAGCACAAGUGCAGGACGACGGCGGCGGAAUCGGCGGCGGCGUUCUACAUACCGUUCUACGCCGGACUGGCGGUGGGGAAAUAUCUGUUCACGAAUUCCACGGCGACGGAGAGAGAUUUGUACUGCGAGAAGGUGCUUACGUGGAUCGGCGAUCAGCCGCCGUGGAAACGAUCCAACGGCUCAGAUCACUUCACCAUGCUCGGCCGGAUGACGUGGGAUUUCCGGCGGUCGAGAGACGGCGAUUGGGGAUCGAGCUUCAUCCACAUGCCGGCGAUGAAAAACGUCCUCCGCCUGGCGGUGGAGCGGGACCCAUGGGAUCCGAUGGAGGUCAGCGUGCCGUACCCGACGGGCUUCCAUCCCCGAUCGAAAUCGGAGAUGGAUCAAUGGCGGAGCUACGUCCGCCGCCGGAGGCGGACGCGCCUCUACACCUUCGUCGGAGCCAGACGCCAGGUCGCCGGCGAUUUCAGAACCCUAUUAUUAAACAACUGCUACAAUGAUUCAAACUCCUGCCGAGUCGUGGAUUGCUCCGGCCGGAGGUGCUACGACGGCACGUCGGAGAUUCUAGAAGCUUUCUUAUCGUCGGAGUUCUGCCUGCAGCCACGCGGCGACGCGUUCACGCGCCGGUCGACCUUCGACUGCAUGCUGGCCGGUUCGAUUCCGGUUUUCUUCUGGAACCGGAGCAUCGACCGUCAGUACGAGUGGUUCCUGGGAAAAUCGCCGGCGAGUUUCUCGGUUUUUAUCGACCGGCGGGGAGUGAAGAACCGGACGACGUCGAUCAGGAAGGUUCUGGAAGGAUACAGCAGAGACGAAGUCAAGAAAAUGAGGGAGACAGUGAUAAGUCUUAUACCAAAAUUUGUGUACAGAAACAGUAGUAUUUCUGAUGAGGACCAAAACGAGGGUUUUGCAGAUGCUUUCGACGUCGCCAUUGAUGGAGUGCUGAGGAGGUUCAAGAAUAGUCGAAAUGGGAGAAGAAAGAAUCAACAAUGAACAACGGUCAACUGUAUUAAGAAUGCUGACGUGGCUGAUCCUAUUAAUUUUAAGAAUUAAUUUUUUUUUAAAAAAAAACAAAAAACAAAAAACAACCCGUGAUUUGGGGAAUUUUGCAUCAUUUGAGGCAAGGGAUUAUGAUAAUGGUGAUGGUAAUUAAUUCAAGAUCAGCGCAUAUUAUCGAAGACCACAAAUUUCAGAAGUGGUGACCACUAACUUAGGGGUAAUAAAAAGUGUUGCUUUAAAUUUGAUAUAUAUAUAUAUAUAUACACUUUAAAUCAUUUCAUUUGUUGGGUUCAAUGAUGAAUAGGCUGGUUAUUUAUUUAAUUAAUUACUAAUUGGAUUGCUUUUGUUUUGUUUGUUUAAAUAAGUGUAUCUUUAACUCGGUUCGCUAUGUUAGGGUUUUUCAUUUUUCUGGGCUUUUUGUCCAGAUUUAUUUGGGCUGGAUUCGAUCUUAAAAGCCCAUACUGUAAUAUUGUGAAAUCUUGAGAAGGCUAUUUUCGUAAUA